AUGUUUACAAAACGGUCAAAGGUGUUAAAUAGUCGCAAAGCCACCAAACCAACUAAUAAAGCGUCAAAAGAAGAUGAAGUAUCUGUAGAUGGAAGUAAUAGUGCUAUAGGAUCAGAGAGGAUUGAUCAUACGUCUUAUUUUAAAGACACCUUAGAUAAAAAGGCUGGAUUUCGUGAAACCGAAAAAAGUUUUAGACGUGGUAUUAGGGAUGGUACCAUCAUUAACCAACUUUCGGAUGAUGAACCAGUUAUAAAUAUAUCGCACAAAUAUGCAAAGAACUUGAGUUUCACCGAUUCUCUUUUGGAGGAUGAAUCAACCACGAUUAGAAUACGUAAGAGUAAAAUGAGCAAAUUUAUGACUAAAAAGAGGAAAAAGGGAGUAUGUAUGACUACUAGCGACACUGAACCUUUGAAUUCCCCUCUAAAGAUAGACCAGAUACAGGAAAAACAUCCAGAAACUAAUUACACAUCUGACAUUUCUGAAGAAUACUUUGAUGCGCAGUCUUCCUUAGAUUUAGAUAACAGUGAUACUAACCACGAAUUAGAGGACAUACCAAAUAAUACACGAAAUACUUACGAUGAAAAUAAUGUUGAAAUUACUAUGGAACCAGAAGAGAUGGACAUGGAAGCAGAUUUGAGGAAAAUUCUUGCGGAUAUUCAUGAAGAAUAUCGAAUUUUAAAUGAUAGCGUUGAUGGAAACCAGAAGUUGAUAGGGAAAAACACUGAAAAGCUUGAGAAAACAAUGGCUGAUAUUGAUGAAAGUAAAAAGGAAUUGACUACUUUUAAUAACCUUCUAGAUUUAACUCGUGCUUUAGCAGGUUUUAUACACGAAAAUAACACAAACUUGGAACAUUUAAUAAGGGAUGCAGAAACAUAUCGUAUUGAACGUAUGGAAGAAACAUAUAGAUUGCGCAGAUGGUUAUACUGUGACUUUCUACGAAAUGCCGGUUUCGAAGACGUGGACUACAAGUGUGGAGAUUUGGAGGAUGUUGACGACUAUGGCCAUGAGAGAUUUCAAGGUAUAAAAUGUUCAUUUAACGCAAGAGGCAAAGCCAUUGGCAUGAGUAAUACAUUCUAUGAAAAUAGUAUAAAGAGGGCUCAAAGCCUAGCUUCUAAAUUACGUGGUCGAAAUCUUAAGGAUUAUUUGUCUAGAGAUGUAAUAAAUUGUUUUAUACCAGAAUUUGAGGUAGAAUACACUUUAGAUGACUUGAUUGUUAUUUAUGAUUCUCAAUUAGGUGGUGAGGAUUACCCUGAUGAAAUUAGGCGUGAUACAGAUGUAUCUUAUCUGUCCAUAGGUUCGGCCAUAGAACAGUUUUUGAAAUUUAAGGAUACUUAUCCCAAUGAAUUUGAGGAAUUCGAUAUGGCUAAUAACCUAAUAAGAGUCAUCAAGUUCUAUGCCGGUUAUUCUCUCGCUAGCUGUAACCUACUAGGAGACGAAAAGAGCAACUUAGAACUGUAUGAGCUGGAGUGGUUCAAAAUUUGCUCAUUGCAUAGCCGAGCAUCCAUGCCAGAAAUCUUGUACGAGACAGUUUUCCCUGCUGUUAUUACGUCUAUCGAAUACUGGGAUAUAGAAUCGCACAGACAAAGUUCUAGAUUAUCAAGCUUGCUUUCAUUCAUACUACACAACACGGACUCCAAGCACCGAUCCUCGAUUGCUGAGAAGGCCACAUCUAGUCUAAUAAAAGUUAUUGAGAGCAGGCUAUCUGUAAGCUGUAUAAAGUUAAGGGCAGAAUUUAUUACCGAUCGAAACAUAUUAAACCUUAUAAAAUAUCAGCUUUUAAAUAUUAACUCAAACCUCGUAUUGUUUUCAACCUUUUUAUCGCCCGUCACACUUGCAAAAUUCACUUUGGACAAUAUAUUUGUUUCGAAGUUACUACCAUUAUUAAGUUUUGAUUCCCCCUUUGACGCAUUUGUGGUGUUGCAAUUUAUGGCGGCGAUAUCCAAAGCACUUGGGAAACACUUAGAGAUUAAAACAAAGACAAAUUCCAUAGUAAAGUCAGCAUGUAAUCGGUUUAAAGAAUGUGUUUGGAACUAUAAGACCUCUUGUACUAUAUUUAAGACCCUUGAGGUACCGAUAAAUAUAGCAGCAUAUGUUGAGGCUAUAAAUUAUUAA